AUGAAUGAAAAUGUAUAUUCUAGUAAUGACUGGGUAGGAAAACUACCGAAUCUACUCAACUUGAAUAUAUAGAACAUCAUGCGCUAUCACAAGGAAAACGAUCAAACGCGGAAUAUUCUGACUUCUCUGUACUACAGAUAUCAACCUAAAGGAUAGUUUUCCCCUUUCUAACAAAUCGGUUGGUUGAUUAGGGCAAACUUUUGAAAAACCCAAAGGACACUUCUUUUGGAUCGAUUCAACAGGGAAUUAUUUUUUUGUGAUGAAGUGAGGAGUCUUUCAAAAAGUACUUUCUUAUGAAAAAUAUAGACAUGAAAAAAUUUUAUAUUAUUUUUUCAACUUUUACUUUUUGUUGAAUGUUCAAGUUUUUUUUUACGGUAACACGUAAAGACCCGGAAAUUUUUUUUUCUACUGUUUGAGAUUAAGCUACAAUGCUUCGAGUUGAGAAUUGAUUGGUCGUGACACAAUUAUGGUGUGAUAUGGUGCGGAAGGAUGGGCUGUAGAAAAUGCGCGAGGUGACACAUUACGCAAUCCUUGAGCUCGUUUUGCGUGGGCCACCCAGUUGUCAACCGGAAACUGCCAAUAUCGGAGGCCGGCUGCCAUUUCGAACCUCUGCCGAAGUGAGCGAAAACCUCCGUCAAUUCUCUGUUUGGGACGUUUUUAGAAAAGUCAAAAUAUAUUCAAAAAGAAGUUCUUCCAUUAGCAAAACCAGUUUUUGGUUAAUAGAUUUGAUAACCGAUUUUGGAUCGAGCUUGCGGAAACCCGCCAUUUCGGAUCUGAAUAGAUCGGUCAAAGAUUUAAUAAAUGUUUUAUUUUGUUUGUUGGCGGAAAAAUUGAGAGAGUUUAGGGAAUUCACGACUUUGAGGGUUCGCUUGAAAACUCGUAGAGAAGGACAUUAGACAGAGAGACGCAAUUAUCCAUGAAUAAUCUUUUUUUCCUCCAUAGGUCUCCGAUUAUUUUAUUUUGGCUUUUUCUUGUUUUUUUUUCAGUUUUAAUUUUUCAGACUGUUCGGAAAGCGAUGUAGACGGUGUAUGCGGACAUUAGGCUCGAUGGACAUUGUCCAGCGGUGUAUGAACCUCACCUAUCACUCUCACUGCUUCACCUGCUAUUAUUGUAACUCUCCAUUCAAUAAGGUACGGUGCUUGACUCAAUCUCAGCCAUUCAUCGAGCGCGAAACCGCAGGGCGAUGAAUACCACGCAAUCGACGGGGAAAUUUUCUGCCCUCACGACUAUCACCACGUCCAGCAGUUGCAAAGUGGUUAGAUUUAUAAAAAGAAUUGAUGGAUUGGAACGCAAACCGAAAUUCAAGGUGAACACGUAGUGAAUCUGUACGAGGACACUCACCACGAGAGCUCGAGGAAAACGCCGAAAAGGCCCAGAACCAUACUGAAUGCCCAACAACGAAGGCAGUUUAAGUCGGCUUUCGAAAAAAGUGCAAAACCAUGCCGCAAAGUAAUUUAAAGUGUUUUGUAAAAUCGGACAAACAUUUAUUUUCAGGUGAGAGAACAGCUUGCAAAAGAAACGGGUUUGAGCGUUCGAGUUGUUCAAGUAUGGUUUCAAAAUCAGCGAGCGAAGGUCCGUAUUAAUUCAUAUAUUUUCAUAAAUAAAUUAUUAAAGAUGAAAAAAAUGAACCGCAAAGAAGGAGAAAGCGAUUCUUACAAGGGCAGUGCUAACGGAGAAGAAAGAAGUGCGGAAGACGUUCACAGUUCUGAAGACGAAGGUCAGUUCGAGAAAAAAACACUCAAAUUAAUUAAACUUCUCAAUUUGAUAUUCACUUUGUCACACUAUGUGAGAAAAUUUAUCUUUUGAGCGUUUUUUUUUUCUUCAAAAACUUGAAAUUUGGUAAUUCUUGUCUUCCAGGAUCUUCAAUCAAUUAUCAAAAGUUAUGUGUUUCUCAUCAUUUCUAAAUAUUGCUGAUGGCAAAAUUGGAAGAACAACAUAACUGAAAAAACUAAUACAAUCCGAACUUUUUUACAUUUAUUUCAAAGUGAGAAUGUUUGCAGGUUUUCCCAACGACCAGAUAAUGCACCAGGACUCUCCCUUCCUCGACAUGGACUCCGACGAGUGCGACCUGAUCAAAAGCUCCUCACUGACCAACCUAUCUAACCCCAUCCAGAAGCUCUACCACAUGACCUCUUCACAAAUCUACUUCCCUUAUAGUUCCUGA